AAAAGCCUUUCCUCCCAGUGGCGCUGUUUGUCCAGACGAGCCAAGCGGGCCGAUAUGGGUUUACACCAAGUCAUUUAUUUGAUUUGUUGGGCCAGUCUGAGCAUUUCCCCAGGUCAAAUUUUGGGAUGCCGUCACGGCGAGUGGCAGUGUGAUGAUGGAAACUGUAUCCCUGGUGUCUGGAGAUGUGAUGGAGGUGGAGACUGUCUGGAUGGAUCUGAUGAAAUGGAAUGCACUGUGCUCCCAGGCUCUCCUGGAUGUCCCCCAGGUCAGUUUCCUUGUGUUGACUCUGUCGGCUGCGUUGCUGCGUCGGCCCGCUGUGACGGACUAAACCAGUGUCCAACCGGCUCCGAUGAGGAGAACUGUGCGGCUACAGAGGGCUGUUUGGACUCUGACUGGACCUGUCGGAACCACAUCUGCAUCCCCAAAGACCUGCGCUGCAAUGGACUGAACAACUGCCUGGACAACUCUGAUGAAGAGGACUGUGGUCUGUGUGGUGAGGACGGCAUACGGUGUCCUGAGGGGACGUGUCUGAGUGCUGAAGAGAGGUGUGAUGGUACUAAUCACUGCUCGGAUGGCAGUGAUGAGCCCAUAACCUGCGGUCGUAUUUGCUCUAUGAACAACGGCGGCUGUAGCCACAUGUGCGUUGAUGAACCCUGGGGAGCUCUGUGUGCCUGUCCUGUUGGAAAUAAACUCUCUUCCAAUGGAGCAGUCUGCGAAGAUUUGGAUGAAUGUGCCCCACCCUUUGCCCCCUGUAUGCAUCACUGCACUAACACCAUAGGAUCCUACUAUUGCCACUGCAGAGAGGGCUUCAAACUGAAUGGAGGCUCCACAUGUCUGGCUACAGGUAAUACUACCAGAUUGCUGAUUGUUCAGAGGAGAUCUAUCGGGCUGUUGAAUGUGAAGACUCAACAGUUUGAAGCUAUCAACACUCCCGUGCCUGACCCAGUGGCCUUGACUUUUGAUUUUGCCCGAGGCUGGUACUUCUGGGCUGACAACCACGGCAGCAUUUACAAAAGUGAUGGACAGCACAGCUGGACAGUCUUUACUGGGGAGCCUGGAAUCAAGGGUUUAGCUUGUGAUUGGUUGAAUGGAUACCUUUUCUGGACCAAUCAGAAGACUGAGUCGAUCUACAUUCAGUCAGCUGAUGGGAAAAGUUACACUACUCUGCUGAGCAAAAACACCAGCCCAUCAGAGUUGGUGCUAAUACCUGUGGAGAGCUUGAUGUUCUGGAUCAGUGCCGGCCACGGUGACAGAGUGACGAUAGAGAAGUCAUGGAUGGACGCGUCGGAAAGAAGCACUCUGACUGUGCUCACCGCCCAGUCGGCCCACAGCCUCACUGCUGACGUGGGUUCCAGGAGGCUCUACUGGAUCAGCGACUUCAAGAAGUCUAUAGAGACGGUGAAGGUGGACGGGACUGGCCGUUACUCCUUCACAGGGCUGUUCAACAGGAAACCUGCUCUCGGCCUGGCUGUGUUUGAAAAUAAUUUCUACUGGGUGGAUGACAAAGGACUGUGGCAGGUUCCACAGAACCAACCAAACCAGAAGCAAUUCCUCUGGAAAGGCUCUCUGUCAGUAUUGGCAGUUUACCAUGAGCUCCAGCAGCCCCAAGGUUCUUCUGCUUGUACUAAGACUCCAUGUCAGCUCUGCCAGCUAAGUAAAGUCAGACCUGUUGGGUUCACCUGUGCAUGUCCAAACUCCAAAGUGCUGAUGCUGGAUGGGACAUGUGAAUAUCCAAGGUUUAUAUAUGCUACCAUCACUAGCAUCCACAUGCUGGAGUUCAGAGGCAGAGACUACACUCAAAUCCAGCUCUUCUCCACUGACGACGGCAUCCUAUCAUUUGAUCUGGACUGGUACAGAGACUGGCUGUACUGGGCUAACCAAACUGGCCAUAUCCAACGCACCAGUCUAGCUCAGGUCAAGACUGAGGUGGUCCCAACACCUGUGCCAGUUUGUCUGAUAAAAAUCGACCAGAGGAGAGGGAACCUUUACUGGGUGUCAUGUGAUCAAAACAGCAUCGGCACCGUCACAGCCGACGGCCAGUACCCACGUCAGCUGUACCAAACGACGAAGGAGAUCCGAGACCUGUAUGUGGACUGGCUGAGGAGCAGCAUCCUCUGGCUGGAGGAAGACAGAGUCCUCACCAUGAGCAUGAUGGGAGGCAAAGCCAAGGAGCUGCUGCACUUAGCGGGAGAAAUCAAGGGGAAGAUGGCCUUCGACCUCAGGGCUAGCAGUCUGCUCUGGAACUCCAAAAGGGCAGGUUUGACAACAAUGAGUUUGCUGCAGGAAAGAAGCCAUCGAGCUGGCAGGAGAUGGAACGUUUCGGGCUCAGUCAUAGCUGCCUUUGAGCCCUUCCUGUUGUCCCUCUCGGAUGAUGUCAUAACUCUGUGGGACCGGCGCAAUGGGAGCGCCGUCCAAGACAUGACAGUGAGAGGUCAUGUGUUCAGUGUAAUCGCUGCACUCGGGGACGUCGGCACAGUGCCCAAUAUUGCAGUCUGCAAUGAACCCUCUGUGCUGUGCCAACACACAUCGGUCUGCCUCUCUCAAGCCCAGCUGUGUGACGGGAAAAAGGACUGCCCCGAAGGGGACGAUGAGGAAUUUUGUGUAACCACGUGUCCUUCUAAAGACGAUUUCAAGUGCAAGGACCGUAGGAGCUGUAUCUCCAGGGAUCUCGUUUGUGACCGUCGUUCUCAUUGUCUUGAUGGCUCAGACGAGAUCAACUGUCCCACCGUAGCUUCUCCUGCACCUCGGGCAAACGUCCUGAAGUGUCCCAUGGGCUCAAAGCCAUGCGAAGACAGCUCAGAGUGUGUUUCAUACAGACGCGUGUGUGAUGGGGAAAGCGACUGUCGGGAUGGAUCAGAUGAACAGGGCUGUGAUGUUAAUCAAUCAAACAAAAUGCCACCCGCUAUCGAACCCCCUGCUCGGACUGUGCCGGCCUGCAGCAGCCCCUCGGUGCUCUGUCCCCAUUCUGCUGCUCACAUUUGCAUUUCUCCAAGCCGAUUUUGUGACGGGCGCCAAGACUGUCCUGAUGGCUUCGAUGAAGAGAACUGCAUGAAAAGAUGUCCCUCUAAAAGUGACUUCCGCUGCAAAGACCGUAGGAGCUGCGUCUCCAAGAGUCUGGUUUGUGACGGCCGCUCUCACUGCCUCGAUGGCUCAGAUGAGGUCGACUGUUCGAGUGCAGCUCCUCCUGCGGCUCAGGCAAACGCCCUGAAGUGUCGCAUGGGCUCCAGACUGUGUGAAGAUGGCACAGAAUGUGUUCUCUUCAGUCACGUCUGUGAUGGAGAGGGAGACUGCCGGGACGGAUCAGAUGAAGAAGGAUGUGAUGCUGCAGACACCACUGCUGCCACUCCUGCUCUUGAAAAUUAUCUGCUCUUAAAUGAAUCUCCUUCACCCACCCAACCAGCCUGCACCAGCCCGUCAUUUCUGUGUGAAGGUUCUUUUUUAUGUAUCAACCCAAAACAGCUAUGUGAUGGAAAGAAAGACUGCCCCGAUGGAUCUGAUGAGAACUGUGUAAAGAGAUGCCCGUACAAGAGUGACUUCCGUUGCAAAGACCGUAGGAGCUGCGUCUCCAAGAGUCUGGUUUGUGACGGCCGCUCUCACUGCCACGAUGGCUCAGAUGAGGUCGACUGUCCGAGUGUAGCUCCUCCUCCUGCAGCUAAAGCAAACGCCCUGAAGUGUCGCAUGGGCUCCAGACUGUGUGAAGAUGGCACAGAGUGUGUUCUCUUCAGUCACGUCUGUGAUGGAGAGAGAGACUGCCGGGACGGAUCAGAUGAAGAAGGAUGUGAUGCUGCAGAGGUUGCCCCUCCCACUUCUUCAGAAAAUGUCCACUUAAAUGAAUCCCCUUUAACUGAGCCUCCCACCGAGCCGCCCUGCACCAGUCCUUCAUUUCAGUGUCCAGGUUCCUCUCUGUGCAUCAAACCAACGCAGCUUUGUGAUGGAAAAAAAGACUGCCGCGAUGGAUCUGAUGAGAACUGUCUGAAAAGAUGCCCUUACAGGAAUGAUUUUCUGUGCAAGGACCGUCGGAGCUGCGUCUCCAAGAGUCUGGUUUGUGACGGCCGCUCUCACUGCCUCGAUGGCUCAGAUGAGGUCGGUUGUCCUCCUGCAGCUCCUCCUGCGGCUCAGGCAAACGCCCUGAAGUGUCGCAUGGGCUCCAGACUGUGUGAAGAUGGGACAGAGUGUGUUCUCUUCAGUCACGUCUGUGAUGGAGAGAGAGACUGCCGGGACGGAUCAGAUGAAGAAGGAUGUGAUGUUGCAGACACUGCCACUCCUGUUCUUGCAGAAAAUGGCCACCUAAAUGAAUCUCCUGCACCCACCCAACCAGCCUGCACCAGCCCCUCAUUCCUGUGUGAAGGUUCUUCUCUAUGCAUCAACCCAAAAAAGCUAUGUGAUGGAAAGAAGGACUGCCCCGAUGGCUCUGAUGAGAACUGUGUAAAGAGAUGCCCGUACAAGACGGACUUCCGCUGCAAAGACCGUAGGAGCUGCGUCUCCAAGAGUCUGGUGUGUGACGGACGCUCUCACUGCCACGAUGGCUCAGAUGAGGUCGACUGUCCGAGCGCAGCUCCUCCUGCAGCUAAAGCAAACGCCCUGAAGUGCCGUUUGGGCUCAAAGCCAUGUUAUGACGGAGCAGAGUGUGUUUUGUACAGCCACGUAUGUGACGGAGAAAAUGACUGUAGGGAUGGAUCUGAUGAACAGGGAUGCCCAGAAUCCUGCAAGCAAGGGGAGUUUGAGUGCGCCAACGGGAAGAAGUGCAUCCCUGAGGCUGAGGUGUGUGAUGGCAAGUCGCAGUGCAUGGACCAGUCCGAUGAACUGGACUGCUGGAAACCAACAAAGGGCUGCGAGUAUCGCUGCGCCGACGGCAAGCGCUGCAUUCCAAAUAAAUUCCUGUGCGAUGGAGAGAGAGACUGCCUGGACGGCGGGGAUGAGGUGGGCUGCGACGAGGUUACUGAUGCAACAACAGAGUCUCCUCUUCUCAGUCCUGCAUCCACUUGCAUCACUCCUUCAGUCAUCUGCCCGGGUUCAUCACUGUGCAUCUCUCUAACUCAGCUGUGUGAUGGGCAAAGAGACUGCCCUGAUGGAUUUGAUGAAAAUAACUGCAUUGUCCAAUGCAAAAACCCAGAGGACUUCUUAUGCAGCGACCGGAGGAUGUGCGUGCCCAAGAUGGACGUGUGUGACAGUCGUGCCCAUUGUCACGACGGCUCCGAUGAGAACCAGUGUCAAACAGCAGAUCCUACGGCUCCAUCCUCCAACAAUGCUCUCGGUGCCAGAUCAUCCCCACUGAGGUGCCGCAAAGGUUUUAAGCCGUGUAAAGAUGGCCUUGACUGUGUCAUGUACAGCCAUGUGUGUGACGGAGAGAGCGACUGCCACGAUGGAUCGGACGAAGAGGGGUGUGCCGCUCAGUGCAAAGCAGGUGAGUUCCGUUGUGCUCAUGGGAAAAGAUGCAUCCCAUCGGAGCAGGUGUGUGACGGGCAGAACGACUGUCAAGACCGAUCCGAUGAAAUGGAUUGUUCGAGUCUGAUUGAGGGCUGCCAUAAGCGCUGUGACAACAACACUCGCUGUAUACCGGAGACCUUCCUGUGUGACGGCGAGAGAGACUGCGCUGAUGGGUCCGAUGAAGAGAAGUGCGGUGUGGUGUCCUGUGCGAUUAACCAGUAUCGCUGUCUUAGUGGUCAGUGCGUGUCUGAGGCCCUGAGAUGUGAUGGAUACGCCGACUGCGGUGAUCGAUCUGAUGAAUUGCAUUGCACAAGACCCCCGCGCUGUCCGACACAGCUCCGAUGCCCGAACAGCCACGAGUGCCUGCAGAGAGAGUGGCUCUGUGACGGUGAAGACGACUGCAAAGACGGGUCGGAUGAGAAGAACUGUGUGACGUCACCAGCAAAGUGCAGGGAAUACCAGUGGCAGUGUGGAGACAGCAGCCAAUGCAUCCCCGUGUCAUGGAGGUGUGACGGGAAGAAGGAUUGCCACAACGGCGUGGACGAGGACAAAUGCAGCGAGAGAAGCUGCGCCCCUCACCUUUACCAGUGUGGCAGCGGUGAGUGCGUGGAGCCCCGCCUGGUGUGCAACAGCUUCACCAACUGUGCCGACAGAUCGGACGAGGGCGCGGGAUGUGCUCGACGCAACUGCUCCAGUCCAUCGGCUCCGCGGUGUGACCACCAGUGUGUCAGCACCCCAAACGGACCGAGAUGUUACUGUGCUCCAGGUUUCAAAAUACAGUCCAGUGCCGUGUCCUGUGUGGACAUUGACGAGUGCAACGCAGUGCCGCAAGUCGUCUGCAAACACACCUGCCUGAACACCCGUGGGUCCUACGUCUGUCACUGCCUCCAUGGUUUCUACCUGGAGCCUGACAACAAAAGCUGCAAAACCAAAGACGAGCCUUUGCUUCUGGCGUCGGUGCAGUCAGAGCUCCUGCUGCUGGGAGUCCACAGCAGCUCUUUGCGUCUCCUGUCCUCUGCCAACCGGCCCGUGUUCUCACUGGACUAUCACUGGGCCCAACAGAGAGUCUACUGGCUGAGCCCCGACUACCAGAGCAUCCGCUGGGCUGACAUGAAAAACUCAAACAGCAAAGGGACACUGAUCAAAGGAGUGAAGUCGGAUUUCAUCGCAGUGGACUGGAUUGGUAAGAACCUGUACUGGGUGGACGGAAUGGUGGGUCAGAUUCUGGCUGUGAAGCUCAGUGAUACCACAGUGAGGUCUCAGGACUACACUGUGGUCCUGGGUGAAGAUCUGGAGCAGCCAAGCUCAUUGGUGCUCCUGCCACACAGAGGGAUGAUGCUUUGGUCUGAGAUCGGCAGCACCCCUCAGAUCGAGCAGUCUGGGAUGGACGGUUCAAAGAGGAAGGUGGUGGUGAGCCAAGGCUUGAGCUGGCCAGUCAGUCUGGCCUAUGACUUCCUGGACAACCGGGUGUACUGGGCCGAUGAGAAACUGCGCUGCAUCGGCUCGGCCUCUCUGGAUGGAGACAACGUCAAGAUCCUCCAGCUAACCGAAACACCGAGCCCUUUCUCCGUGGCAGUCUUCAAUGACAGAGUCUUCUGGUCUGACACCAAAAGAAGAACAAUCCGCUCCGCUGACAAGAACACCGGCAAAGACCAAAAGGUCCUUCUGAAGAGACCAGGGCAGCCGUUUGGACUGAAACUGAUGCACACCCUUUCCCAGCCAGCCAUAUCCAACCCCUGUGACCGGCUGCACUGCUCCCACCUCUGCCUCCUGGCCCCGGCGAUGAGAAGCAAGGCUGGGUCUCUGGGAGCCCCGUGGGUUAACGGGCCUGCGGCAGUUUGCCGGUGCCCAAAGGGGCUGCUGCUUUCCAAGGACAAGAUUACCUGCUCUCUUCCUGUGGAUUCAACGUUCAUCCUGUUUUUGUCCCGUACCACAGUCUAUCAGAUUCACUUGAACUCCAUGCGUCGUGAGGGUGUUUCUCUGAAAAAAAUGCCAAACGGCCGAGUUUUAGCCCUCCCCGGAGUAACUGAGGCCUCUGGGCUGGACGUGUCCAUCCAGGAUCUUUCUCUGUAUGUGGCUGAUGCAGGACAACAAUCUGUAGAUGUGCUGAAGCUGAGCAGCUCCAGGUCCAGACAGGGACUGAUGCCUCAAGGACAGAUCCUCAAGCUGAGGGAUGAUCAAGUCACAGCUCUGGCAGUUGACUGGGUGACCGCCAACCUCUACUGGAGCAGCACCGCCAGGCCUGAUCUCCACGUGACCUCCCGCCAUGACGGCUACACCACCUCACUGCUGCAGGGAUCGCUGAAGUGCACCACCUCCAUUGCACUGCAUCCCCCCUCUGGACAACUCUGUUACACAGCUGUAGUCUGGGCAGGGGGGAAGAGCUCGACCGAGGUGAACUGCGCCUGGAUGGAUGGCCGUAAAAAAGCAGUGCUGUGGAGGAAAUCGAGCAUCCCCACCUCGGUUGUCUUUUCCAAACACGGAACCAUGAUCUACUGGGCUGACGCGGGUGAAGGUGUAAUCAGCUCUAUUGGAGUGGAUGGAACAGGAUAUAAACAGUACAAAACAGGGCCAGGCCUUCUCACCGCUUUCACACAUGUCGAGGACAUCCACCUCUGGGUCACCAUGGACAAAGAUCUAACCAAACUGUGGUUCAGUGACGGUCUCCAGCCUAACCAACUGUGGUUUGAGACAAAGACCAGCGUGGUGGAAGUCAAAGGCUACAGCAACGACAGUCAGUCUGGAACUAAUAGCUGCUCCAAAUACAACGGCGGAUGUGUCCAUCUGUGCCUGCCCCAUCCCGGAGGUCACACGUGUAAAUGCGGCCGGGGAUUCAACGCCGUCGAUGCCACCGCCUGCACGCCGCUCCCCGCCUGCCCCGCGGGGGAAGAGUCCUGCUUUGACGGUACCAAAUGUAUCAGCAGCAGAAAGUUCUGUGAUGGACAGGUGGACUGUCCAGACCAGUCGGAUGAACAGGACUGUCCAAUCACAAAUUCUGCGUCUUUCGGGACCAAAUCCAUUGAUGGCCGCCUUCCCAAGUCUUCCCACUCUCCUCACCCCAACAACGCCCAAAAGAACUCUGUACUCUCAGUUAAGAAAGACUCUUCAUCCUGUGAUCUCCAACGCUGCAGCGGUCAUGGACAAUGCAUCACAGAAGGCAAAGACACUCGCUGCCAUUGUGCGGCCGGUUACAAGGGAGAGUCCUGUCAAGUGGCAGAAUCUGGACAGAGCCACGUGGCUGUGAUCCUGGGUGUCUUCUGCCUCGUUGUUGCAUUGACGGGAGCUGCGUUUAUUUUUGCUAAAAGGAGAGGCUGGCCGUUCAGAAGCGGAUCCAUGGAUAAAGAAACUCUGAUGGCAAACAUGGGCCUAGCAAAUGAACACUACGAGUCAGACUCUGAGGAGCUGGAGUCCCCAGUAGAUCCGAAGAACCCCCCGCUAGCCAUGAAGUCACUACAGCUCAAAUAGAAGUUCUGUGUUCUGCAUUACACAUUGACAAAUAAUGUCUGGGGAUUGAUUUCUCUAGUGAUGUCUUUUGGUGAAUUAAAAGUGAGAAGAAAUGAACCCAAAAUGAUUUUUUUUUUUUACU